CCAUUUCGUAUCGAGAAACGAUGAUUUACUAAAAAACCAACCCGAUUCCGUUGUCUUCUAUGGCGACUGUUUCUCUCUCUCUCUCUCUCUGGCAGUUUACUUUUAUAUAACCGAACAUGUCUGUUGCCGACCACACCGACGAUCUCAUUGACUACGAGGAGGAGGAUGAGCAAACCAUCCAACAAGAAACUGCUGCCACUGCUGCCGCCAAAGACGCCGAUGCCAAUGGUGCUGCCGAGGGUGCUGGCGAUGACAAGAAAGACAAGAAGGGUUCCUAUGUCGGUAUCAGCUCCACCGGUUUCCGUGAUUUCCUGUUGAAGCCUGAGUUGUUGAGAAGUAUCGUGGACUGUGGUUUCGAACAUCCUUCAGAAGUGCAACAAGAGUGUAUUCCUCAGUCGAUCUUGGGCAUGGAUGUCAUUUGCCAAGCCAAGUCUGGUAUGGGUAAGACUGCCGUGUUUGUCCUUGCCACCUUGCAACAGAUCGAACCUAUCGACGGUGAAGUGUCUGUCGUUGUCCUCUGCCACACUCGUGAGUUGGCCUUCCAGAUUCGCAACGAGUACAACCGCUUCAGCAAGUACAUUCCUGAUAUCCGCACCGAGGUGUUCUAUGGUGGUGUCCCUACUGCCAAGGACAUUGAGAUCCUGAAGGAUAAGAAGAAGUGCCCUCACAUCCUGGUCGGUACCCCUGGUCGUGUCUGGGGCUUGGUCCGUGACAAGUAUCUCAAGUUGAGCAAUGUCAAGCACUUUGUUCUCGAUGAAUGUGACAAGAUGUUGGAGCAAUUGGACAUGCGCCGUGAUGUCCAAGACAUUUUCCGCUCGACUCCCCACCACAAGCAAGUCAUGAUGUUCUCUGCUACGCUUGCCAAGGAAAUGCGACCCAUCUGCAAAAAGUUCAUGCAAAACCCACUUGAGAUCUACGUCGACGACGAAGCCAAGUUGACGCUUCACGGCUUACAACAGUUCUACAUUAAGCUCGACGAAAAGGAAAAGAACCGCAAGCUCAACGAACUGUUGGACAGUUUGGAGUUCAACCAAGUCUGCAUCUUUGUUCGCUCUGUCCCGCGUGCCAACGAGUUGAACCGUAUCUUGAUCAGCUGCAACUUCCCCAGUAUCUGCAUCCACUCGCAAAUGACUCAGGACGAGCGUAUCAAGCGAUACAAGUCGUUCAAGGAUUUUGAAAAGCGUAUCAUGGUUGCCACCGAUAUCUUUGGCCGUGGUAUCGAUAUUGAACGUGUCAAUAUCGUUAUCAACUACGAUAUGCCUGAUGGUGCCGAUACCUAUCUUCACCGUGUUGGUCGUGCUGGUCGUUUCGGUACCAAGGGUCUGGGUAUCAGCUUUGUCUCCAACGAGAAGGAUACCGAAGUCCUUAACGAUGUGCAGAGCCGUUUCGAAAUCAACAUUUCUGCCUUGCCCGAAGAUGUCGACGUGAAUGCCUACAUGGCCAACUAAUAAAAAUAAAAACACAAACAACACACACACACACACACACAGAGUAUAUAUAUACGUUAUCUGUAGCUUUUCGCGCGUAGCAGCGGUAAACAGGCA